GACUUGUGACAGAAUUGCUUCAUUCUGUGUAUUUUGUACUCUUGCUGCGCUCUGUCUGUGUUAACAUCAAGUGGAGAAUGCAAGCCUGUGAAUUUUAUCUGAUUAUUUGCCUCACUACAGGGUUGUCCUCAGCGCAGUUUAAAGUACGAUUAAAGUUGUCACUGACACAGAAGGAGCCAAUGUACGUUGGAGACACAGUGACUAUGGAGUGCAGAACACAAGGCAAUGUUCCUGUCCAGCAAUAUCUCUGGUUCAAAAGGAGUGAGACAAACGUGGACAAAGGGAUUGAAGGCAUCACCCAAGCCACUUACACAAUCCAGUCUGCAUCUCAGUCUGACAACGGCGUGUAUUACUGUAACAUUAAACAUCCGUUUUUUCAGUACUCUGAAUCAAGCAAUCCUGUUACAUUGACAAUUCAAGAUAGGACAUCCAGACUGGGAAGAAUCUUUGGACAUAUGCUGGAAAGUGUAUUUGUUGGAGACCAAGUCCAUCUUCACUGUGAAGUAGACGGUGACCCCAUAGGGUGGCAAUAUGAGCUACACAAGACUGGAGACAGACGCCCUCAAAUAACACAAGUGGAUCAGAACUUCAUCAUUAGCCCGGUGACUUUCUCACAUACUGGGGAGUACAGGUGCCGUGCCGGAAAAGGAGAUCUUUACUCAAAUUUCAGUGAUCCUAUUCAGUUACUCGUGUCAGAUCUCUCUGUGACUUUGAUUUCAUCAUCUGGACGUUCUGUGAAGGUGGGGUCUUCUUUUAGCCUUCAUUGCACAACUAUGGGUGGUGAAAGCUCCAACUCAGACCUCAUCUUCACCUUUCUAAAAGACAACAUCACUGUGAGGGAAAGCAGCAACUCUUCAGUGCUCCUCACAGAGUACUUUGAAGAGACCCUCAGUGGAAACUACAUGUGUGCUGUGGAGUCACCAGGAGGAGGAAGAGCUUACAGCAACAUGAUCAGCAUUCAAGUGGAAGAUUUCUCAACUGAAAAUGGGGUUCGACUUGGAAUAUCAGCCCUGGUGUUGAUUUUGCUGCUGGUCCUUGUGAGCAGGUGUUUCUGGGUCAGAGUGCACCGAGCCAUCAGAUCCAGCAAAGGUGCACACAAUCCAAGAUGGAGAGGAUGAGAAAGUUGUUUGAAUUUUGAAAUCAGACUAGUGAUGUGCCUGAUUUCUUCAGAGAGAAAACAUCGGGUUUAGUGUCCUGCAAAAAUAUAAGAUCUUGCUGAUGAGAUCUUCAACAUGUAAAGUGACUCUCAUAUAAAAGGCUUACAUUUACAGAUUUAGUACAGUAAAUUUGGGAUUUAAUUCUUCCGACAUCCUGAGGAGUUGAACUACAGAUGCCGCUAUCAGUAGACUGAAACAUCUGUCAUUAACAGUAAAUUACACUUCGUUGGUUGUACAUUUACUUAUUUGGCUGAUGCUUUUAUCCAAGGUGAUUUACAUUUAUGAUAUUGAAUUGAAUGGUUGAAUUUCUUUUUGGUUUUUCCAGUUGAAGUUCAGACAGGUCAAGUGGCUUGCUCAUGGUCACUCAGUGUUGGUAGUGGGAUUUAAACCCAAAACCUUAGGGUAUGAAGUCCAAAGCCUUAACCACUACACCACACUGCCUGCUAAUGGGACAUCUACUCCUUACAUAUGAAUUAUUUAUGGUGUAAAUUAUCCAGAAUAAUAUUCAAGGAAACACUUCAUAAAAAAACAUUUGGGAAAUAAUGGAGCAAUUGCUUAGCAGUAUGACUGAGUAUGUCAUGGGAAAUCUUGUCUUAACAUUACCUUCCUCUUCUUCCUCUUUAUCUUUCCCCACUUCUUUGUGGGGUUGAUGUGCUCGCUCAUCCUUCUCCAAACAGCUCGGUCCUGCACCUCCUCGCCAGUCAAACAUGCUUCCUUCAGAUCUUCUUUUACUUUAACCAUCCACCUCUGCUCUGGCCUUCCUUGCUUUCUUUUCCCCUGCACUUCCAUUUCCAUCACUCUUUUGCCCACAUGUUCCUUGUCUCUCCUCAUCACACAUCCAUAUGACUUCAUCCUACUUUUCUGUAUUUUCUUAGAUAUCUCCUCCACUUUUGUUGUACCUUUGAUUGUCUCAUUUCUUAUUCUGUCCUUUUUUGUAACUCAAACACAUCCAUUUCCACAUUCUCAUUUCUGCCACAUCCAACUUCUUCUCCUGCAUUUCCUUUUCUGCCUUUCUUUUAACUUCCUCCCAUUCUUUCGAUGCUGACCAUUGUUCACAUUCUUCUUUGUCUUCCUUUGCCAUUGGUUCCAUCUAUUCUUCCUUCUAUCACUGUGUUAUUGUGACAUUUCCCACUAGUUACCCUUUACUUAGGGGUAAGUGUACUCAUCAGAUUCGUUACCGGGUUGGUCUACUGUCGCACCUUAAGAUUAACACACACAUACAUGGAUAUAUGCAUACACACAGAAACUCAACAGUGCCCUAUGAAUGCCACACAUACAGCUGGUUAACAUCUAGCAGUUUAAACCACAUGAGUGCCUUAGGAAUAACACAGUCUGUCACCCUUCUGGCACUUCAAGAGACUUACUUAUUGUCAGCAUGGACAACAUAUGAUGUCUUAAAAUAUAUGUCAAACCUAAACAUUACUUCGGUCUCGAGAAAUACAUUUAAACAUACAAAGGCACAACAUCCUUGGCUAAAGGCCAUUUAUCAACCGAGAAUGCCUUACCUUACGUACUGUUCCGUACUAUUUGGUUGUUCCCUUAAUAAACCUUGCAGCACAGAGCGUAUGGCAAACUUCCAGCUGCACCAGCUGCUCUUAAAAAUAUCUACUUUAUUGCUUCAAUCACUCUAGACAUGAAGACAGAACAUAGAAAGUUAAAAAGCAGCAUGGUAUUUAUUACAUGAAUAAUAAUACCAAAUAGAACAAAGAAUAAUUGAAAAUAAAAUUCAUAGUAAAGCCUGGUUAAACUAGGGGGUAUCCAAAAAUAGCCAGAAUCUGUACCUGGCGAGCAAUCUAGACUUAGUUGCGAAAUUGCCGCUAUGUGUAGCAUACUUACAGUAUUCUGUGGCAAUUUGCCAAGUGCCAAGCUUUGUAUUGUUUGUAUGGCAUUCUGUGUUGGUUUUUCUUGGUGCUUAUUAGACAUGUUAUGUGAUUUUUGUGAUGGGUGAUUAUAAAGAACAGCGAAUCUGUGUUAAAUUUUGAUUUCUCUUAGGGAAAACAGCUGCUGAAACUGUACUGAUGCUUGAAACUGCUUUUAAAAAGGAAGCUUUAAGUAAAACGCAGGUCUACGAGUGGUUUAUGCAUUUCAAAUGAGGGGAAAUGUCACUUAAAGAGCAACCAAGAUCUGGCCAGCCUUGCACAAUUAGGAAUGACAAAAAUCUUGAAAAAGUUUGCAAUCCAAUUUACGAAGAUCAUCAUCGGACUAUUGAAGAGAUUUCUGAAUUGACUUGUGUGUCUUGGAGUUCUUGCCACCUUCCCUACUCGCCUGAUCUUUGUUUGCUCCAUGUGACUUUUUCUUGUUCCCGCAUAUGAAAAAAGAACUCAAAGGAAAGUGUUUUUGUACCAUGGAGGAAGUCAAAGAAAAAUCAAUGCAGACCUUGGACAACGUUCCUCUUCAGCGAUUCUAAAAAUGUUUCCACCAUUUGGAAAACCAUUGGGAUGAGUGCGUUAAUUAAUACGGAGAGUACUUUGAAGUAGGCUAAAGUUUGAGUAACUGAAAGUUAUUACAUUUUUUUUUCCAAUUCAGGUUAUUUUUGGGUAACUCUUUGUAUAGUCUUUAGAAAAAGCUUAUUAAAAAGUAAAGAUGUCAAGGAUGAAUGUCACUUGUGAUCUAGCACUUGAAGCUGUUCAUGAAAUGCUUUGCUGACAAUCAGAUGGAAACAGCCGCAUGUUGCUGGCACCCUCUUCUGACGUCGCUCUUUCCCUCCUCUGACAUCAUUCUGUUCUCUUCUUCUGUCGCACUUCAGACGAGGCAUAUUUAUUAUGAAAUUCUA